AUGUCUUCCUGCAAGCUGCGACGUCCUUCGGGAAGAGUCUGUGCUUUCAAUUACCUGCCGUGGUCGGUCAUGGCGAUGGAUCAAGUCGCUGCGCUUAAAGCGAAUGGCAUCCCUGUUGCUACAAUCAACUCUACUACUCUGCCAUUUGAGAGGCAGGCCAUACUCGAAGACCUUCUCUCAGGUCAUCCCCAGACUCGUCUUCUCUACGUGACUCCGGAGCUCUGCGAACAGGACAGCUUCCGUCGACAUGUCCUGACCAUCCAUGCGCAGGGUGAACUGAAUCGUGUUGCUAUCGAUGAAGCUCAUUGUAUCAGCGAGUGGGGCCAUGAUUUUCGCCCUGCGUACAAGGAGUUAUCUUGGUUCAAGCGGACUUUAAAGAAUGUUCCAAUAACCGCUCUCACUGCUACAGCUACUCCACGCGUCCGGUUAGAUGUCAUCAACCUUCUCGGGCUGGACCCGAAGACUUUGAAAACAUUCAACGCGCCGUCUGCGCGACCAAAUAUUCACUAUGAGGUUAAAUACUUGACAGACUUUGCCUGUGAUCCUACAGUUGCAGCGGACUUCCAAAUCCAGGAUAUCCUGGCAUGGCUAAAGUCCAUUCAGAACCGGCGCGAAGCUCGCCUAAAAACAAACGGCGGUAGUGACACGGAUUCUGCCGGGGUAAAACUUCCCCCAAUAUCUGGAAUCAUCUAUGUUCCCCUUCGUUCAGUCGCCGAGAGCGUGGCUCGAGCUCUGUCUAGCUCCGGUAACAACAUCUGCGCUGUCGCUUAUCAUGCGGGCCUGUCCAACGCAGAUCGCAACCGAAUCCAGAACAUGUGGACAUCAAAUAAUCCAUUUCCUACCGGAGCAUCUCCAUCCUUCUCGAUUAUCGUCGCUACUACCGCAUUUGGCAUGGGGAUUGAUAAUCCUCAUGUUCGCUUUGUCAUACACUGGACGCCACCUCGAAGCUUUGAAGGGUUUGUGCAAGAAUCCGGUCGUGCUGGUCGAGAUGGACGCGCUGCCGUGUCUAUAGUUUACUACAACCUUCAGGAGCGAGACCGAGUCCUCGACCGUGUCCAGAGAGAUGAUAACCCGGAUCCCAAGAAAAACGGUCGCCGUCGGGCCCUUCAAGAUCCGGCUGCCAAGGAACGCAGCAAGCAGGCACGUCUGGAGAGCUUCCAGAAGGUGAUCAAAUACUGCGAGACCACCACGCGGUGCAGACACGAGAUCAUAAAGGAGCUCUCUGGAGAUCUGGAGCUCGAGAGAAUGGGCAGCACGCAAGAGAAAUUGGGGGAGAUCCACUCAGCAGAUGGCAUCUCUCCAUCUAAUGGUUCUCGUACAUCGCCAUGCGAUUUCGCAUGUGACUUCUGCAAGGAGGGCGCUGAUGUCCUGACGAAACGAAAGGAAGAGAUGAUCAAGGCGGAUGAGAACGCGCAGAAAUACGCUGUAUAUCAGGCUGUGGACCCGACAAUUGCGCUCCUCCAGAUGAUGUAUCACCAGGGACCGUAUUCGAGAGGGGGUGCGAGACCAGCGUGGUUUCCAUGCGAGCAGUGUCUCUAG